AAAUCAAACAUAAAAAUUGUGGGUAGGAUUAGGAGGAGUCGUAGGACAAAGGCUAGGCGUCAUGAGAAGAAUAUUGAGAAUAGUAGUAUUACUAUAAAUAAACAUCUGGCGUGUAUAACCGCAAUCUCCACGUUAUUUUUUUCUGCUUCAAAAAUUUGAGAAAGAAAGUAAUGAUUUUGAGUCUUUAAGUUCUCCUUUAGAGACCCAAGAAUUUCAGUUUUUACGAGUUGGGUUUUUGUUUGUUUGUUUGUUUGUUCUGUUUUGUUUUGGGUCUUUUCUUUUGCAAAUGGCAGAGGAAGUGGUGAUGGAAAACGACCCGUCAUCCAUGGCGGCGGAGAAGAAGACUGUGGAAUUGAAGAACGAGUUGCAGAGACUGGUUAAAGCCAUUGUAGAUGAAGAAGACAAGGAGGAGAACGACACAGCUGAGGAUGAAGCUUUCAGGGUCUUGUGUUCUUUGAAGGAUUUGAGAUUGAAGAAUUCUUUGGAUGAUGGUUUAGCUGUUCCUGAAGAAUUUAAAUGUCCAAUCUCUAAAGAGCUCAUGAGCGACCCAGUUGUCUUGGCCACUGGACUGACUUAUGAUCGGCCAUUCAUUGAAAGGUGGUUGAUCGAAGGUCACAAAACAUGUCCUCAAACCCAACAAGUACUCGCUCAUACUGUCCUCACUCCUAAUUACUUGGUUCAAAAAAUGAUUUCCCAAUGGUGCACUGAGCGUGGGAUUAGACCUCCGAAAGGCGAUCAAGAUAAUGAUGGGAACGUGAUAAGAGCGAAUGAAAAGCCAGACUUAAAUUCUCUUCUUGAGAAGCUAUCUCUAUCGGUAGAUGAUCAGAAAGAAGCUGCUAAAGAGAUUCGUUUGCUAUCAAGGAAGAGUCCACUUACUCGGGAAUUUUUCGGCAAGUCCAUAGAAGCAAUCUCCAAACUGCUUGGUCCACUAACACCAGGUGAGGCUGAUAAGCAUCCUGAUCUCCAAGAGAAUAUUAUUACAACACUUCUAAACGUUUCUAUAGUUGAGGAGAACAAGAAACUGGUUGGUGAAAAUACAUUAGCAAUCACUCUGCUUGUUGAAUCAUUGCAAUGUGGAACCAUUCGAACCAAAGGAAAUGCUGCUGCUGCUCUCUUUACAUUGACAGACCUCGAUUCCAACAGGAUUAUUAUUGGAAACUCCGGAGCUUUAAAGCCUUUGAUCAAUCUUUUAGAGGAGGAUGAUCAGUAUGUGAUCAAGGAUGCUGCUUCUGCAAUAUUCAAUCUUUGUGUCUGCCAUGAAAAUAAAGAGAAGGCCAUUAAAGAAAGGGCAGUCUCAGUGAUUGUGAAAAGGAUUAAGGAAGAUGUUAUGGUCGAACCGUUGUUGACUAUACUCGCCUUGCUUUCCAACCAUCAGUUGGCUGUCGAUGAAAUGAACGAGCUUAAUGCCAUGCCUAUGUUGCUUAGCAUUAUAAGGCAGAGUACUUGUGAGAGGAGCAAGGAAAAUGCCAUUGCUAUAAUCCAGACACUUCUUAACAACGAUCGAAGGGAAAUCAGGGCGAUCAAAUUCGAGGAAGUUAAUAACGGUACAAUUACCAAACUUUCUCAAACCGGGACUGCAAGGGCCAGAAGGAAGGCUAUGGCAAUUCUUGAGAGGCUGAAUAAAGGCGCUUUCAUAACACACACUGCCUGAUAUGCAUGUCACCCCUCAAAGUUAGAUUCUUAAGCACUCUUUGUCUAUAUUCAUGUCACCACUAACUUUUUUCAAUCCAAUUAUACACAAUACGUGAUAAGUUGAAGCUCUCUUUUCAUGUAUCAGUUAGUGUAUAUAUCAAUCCAGUUACCCGUUAAUUGUAAAAAAAAUUGAUUUCAUUCAUUUUGCACAUAGUUUUGGCUCUUGUGAGGCUUAUAGACAAGCAAAGGAUAUUGUAUUUUCAGUUCAUUUAGAAAUAAAAGAGCUACAUAACUCUGAGAUUUCUGUUUCAACA